AUGUUGUCAACUUUGAGAGUCGCCAGCCGACGAGCUGCGGCUCGCGAUACCACUUUGCGCAUUUUCAUUGCCGGUGCUCGUCCGGCUUCUACCUGGGCCAAUGUAACCCAGGGUCCGCCAGAUGCGAUUCUUGGCAUCACAGAGGCAUUCAAGGCUGACUCGUUUAAGGACAAAAUUAACUUGGGUGUUGGAGCUUACCGCGACGACCAAGGAAAACCAUACGUCCUCCCCUCCGUCCGCGCUGCAGAGGAGAAAGUGAUCAAAUCCAACCUUGACAAGGAAUACGCCGGCAUCACCGGUGUGCCAGCCUUCACCAAGGCCGCCGCGGAGCUUGCCUUUGGCUCCUUCAGCCCCGCUAUCAAAGAAGACCGCAUCGCCAUCACCCAGAGCAUCUCCGGCACAGGGGCCCUGCGGAUAGCAGCCGCCUUCCUGGAGCGCUUCUACCCACACGGCAAGAAGAUCUACAUCCCAACCCCAAGCUGGGCCAACCACGCCGCUGUCUUCAAGGAUGCGGGCCUCCAGGUGGAGAAAUACCGCUACUACAACAAGGACACCAUCGGCCUGGACUUCGAGGGCCUGAUUGCCGACCUCAAGCUCGCGCCAGACCAGAGCAUCAUCCUCCUCCAUGCCUGCGCGCAUAACCCGACCGGCAUUGACCCGACAGAGGCGCAGUGGCGGCAGAUCAGUGACGUGAUGAAGUCCAAGGGACAUUUUGCUUUCUUUGAUAUGGCGUACCAGGGCUUUGCGAGUGGGGAUACCGAUCGCGAUGCGUUUGCCCUCCGGCAUUUCUUGCAGGAGGGGCAUGGGAUCGUACUGUCGCAGAGCUUUGCAAAGAAUAUGGGCCUGUACGGUGAACGUGUCGGCGCCUUCUCCGUCGUCUGCGAGUCAGCCGAGGAGAAGAAGCGGGUCGAUUCGCAGAUCAAGAUCCUCGUGCGACCCCUUUACUCCAACCCCCCGGUCCACGGCGUCCGCAUCGCCUCGACGAUCCUCAAUGAUCCCGCUCUCAACAAGCAGUGGCUCUGCGAGGUCAAGGGCAUGGCUGAUCGGAUUAUCAAGAUGCGUGCGCUUCUCAAGGAGAAUCUGGAGGCGUUGGGGAGCAAGCAUGAUUGGAGUCAUAUCACCAGCCAGAUUGGCAUGUUUGCAUAUACAGGCUUGAAGCCCGAGCAGAUGGAGAAGCUUGCUAAGGAGCACUCCGUCUAUGCCACCAAGGACGGCCGUGUCUCCGUUGCCGGCAUCACCACGGGCAACGUCAAGAGGCUAGCCGAAUGCAUCUACAAAGUUACCGGAUAG